GCGACGCCCAUUCGCGCCGUGUCAACCGCAGUAGACGCACGCGUAUCGGGAUACCAAGCCCUCGUGUACUUUUACGCCGUGUAAAAAUAAAUCGGCGACAGACAUUCUCUCAAGUUUAAAUAUAAAUGUUAUCGCGAACGAGUCGCCAGAAGCGCAUCAGAUUCCCGAUAUGAGAUUGAGUCGGGGCAUAGUGUGCGAGUGUGCCGGGGUGAGUGCGUGCCCGGACGGCGCGGCCAACGGCACGUGCAGCACGCAGCCCGGCGGGUACUGCUUCGUGAGCGUCGAGGAGGUGCUGGAUGACGCCGGCCUGCUGGUGCUGGAGCGCACGGCCGGCUGUCUGCCGCCCGACGAGUCCGGCUUCAUGCAGUGUAAGAGCUCACAAGUGCCACAUCAACACCCGAAAGUUAUCGAGUGCUGCGAGAAGGACCUGUGCAACCGGCGCCUGUACCCGCAGCUCGCGGAGCCCCCGCCCGACGUGACGGAAGCCCCGAGCCUGCGCCCCACCGCUCCCGCCAGCCCCACCAUCCUCGUCGCCGCGGCGCUCUGCGUGGCGCUGGUAGCCUUCCUCGCCGCCUUCUGGCUUCUGCUCAGGAAACGAAAACGCGGCUGCAAAAGGCCGCCAUCUCCCCCUGCACCCUCACAUCUCGCAGAAAUCUCCUCCGGUUCCGGAUCCGGUCUGCCCCUGCUCGUCCAGAGAACCGUCGCCAAACAGAUCCAGAUGGUCGAGUCCAUCGGCAAAGGACGGUAUGGCGAAGUUUGGCUCGCGAAGUGGCGAGGCGAGAAGGUCGCCGUCAAAGUGUUCUUCACGACGGAAGAAGCCUCCUGGUUCAGGGAGACAGAGAUCUAUCAGACUGUUCUCAUGCGACAUGAAAACAUUUUGGGUUUCAUCGCUGCUGAUAUAAAAGGCACUGGAUCUUGGACGCAGAUGCUCCUUAUUACAGAUUACCACGAGAACGGAUCGUUGCACGACUAUUUGCAGACAGUCGUGCUCGACACUCACGGACUGAUGAUCAUGGCUUACUCGAUUGUGAGCGGACUGGCCCAUUUGCACAUGGACAUAUUUGGCACAAAAGGGAAGCCUGCAAUAGCGCAUCGCGACAUUAAAAGCAAGAACAUUCUCGUGAAAAAGAACGGCCAGUGUGCAAUCGCAGACUUCGGUCUGGCGGUGCGUUUCGUCGCAGAAAGAAACGAGGUAGAUAUAGCGCCGAACACACGAGUUGGAACGAGACGGUACAUGGCUCCGGAAGUGCUCGACGAGAAACUAGACGUGACGAACUUCGAAGCUUUCAAGAUGGCGGAUAUGUAUUCACUAGGGUUGGUUCUUUGGGAGAUGUGUCGGCGGUGUGCGACCGGAGACAAGGCGCAGUAUGUGGAGUCGUACGCCCUGCCUUACAACGAAUAUGUACCGUCAGAUCCGUCGUUCGAGGACAUGCACGCGGUGGUGGUGGCCAAGGGUGUCCGGCCGCCCAUUCCCGCGCGCUGGAUCUCCGCUGAGCCGCUGUCCACCCUCGUGAACGUGAUGUCGGAGUGCUGGCACGCCAACCCGCCCGUGCGGCUCACGGCGCUGCGAGUCAAGAAGACCCUGGCCAAAUACAACACGGAAACGACCAUCAAACUCGUGUGACAAGCGCCUCCCCCCUCCCCUACGUGUACAUACAUCUGUGGUUCCUGUACAUAAUAGUUUGCUAGCCCCGUAAGCGUAGCGUUUCUAAGUUCCUCGAUUAUUUAUUUCCAUAAUUCGUUGUCCUCCCCAUCGACGUUUCGACCACCGCGUACAAAAUCUCAGUAUUGCUAAGUUUCUAGUGACUAUUUACCAGUGAACAGAUUGCCAGAUUCACGGAAUCUCCCCGUUUUAUUGAACAAUUGUAAUUAUUUUAGUUUUGUUG